AGCUGAGAGAAAAACAGAGGUCCUGUCAGUGCCCAGCCAUGGAAAAUCAACCCAAGAAAAUUAAAAAAUAGGGAAAAAACCAGAAGAGAGAGAGAGGGUAAGAGAGAGAGAGAGAGUGGAGCUUUCAAGUAAACGGCGGAGCUGUAUGAGGUUUUUCUAGUUAAACGGCGGAGCUGGUGGAGGUGGGCGGCGGAUUGAGUGGACGAGUCAGUCAUGGGCUGCUGUGGAUCGUCCUUACAGAGGGCUCACAGUCUAGGAGGCACAAACAAUCAUGCCCCUCUUCCCCAAAACAAUUCCCAAUCACAUCCUUCUAAUGGCUCUUCUGAUCCUGCAGCCGGCUACGGCGGCAGCGGCGGCGUCCCUGCUUUCUCCGAGUUCUCCUUCGCCGACCUCAAGGCUGCUACCAACAAUUUCAGCUCGGAUUACAUCGUUUCCGAGAGCGGCGAGAAAGCCCCCAAUGUCGUUUACAAAGGUCGGCUUCAAAACCAGAGCAAUCGCCGCUGGAUCGCCGUCAAGAAGUUCACUAAGUUAGCUUGGCCCGACCCCAAACAGUUCGCUGAGGAAGCAUCAGGGGUGGGUAAAUUGCGGCAUAAAAGGCUGGCGAAUCUUAUUGGGUAUUGCUGUGAAGGCGAUGAGAGGCUUCUUAUUGCGGAGUAUAUGCCCAAUGACACCCUCGCAAAGCAUCUGUUCCAUUGGGAGAAUCAGACGAUUGAGUGGGCUAUGAGAUUGAGAGUUGCUUUACAUAUGGCUAAGGCACUAGAUUACUGUAGCUCUCAGGAACGUCCAUUGUAUCAUGAUUUGAAUGCGUAUAGAGUUCUAUUUGAUGAGAAUGGUGAUCCUCGACUUUCUUGUUUUGGAUUGAUGAAGAACAGCCGGGAUGGUAAAAGUUAUAGCACUAAUCUUGCCUAUACUCCACCUGAAUAUUUAAGAAAUGGACGAGUGACUGCAGAAAGUGUUAUCUUUAGCUUUGGAACAGUGCUCUUAGAUCUACUAAGUGGCAAGCACAUCCCUCCUAGUCAUGCACUCGAUAUGAUACGAGGCAAAAACAUUAUUCUUUUAAUGGAUUCGCAUUUGGAGGGUAACUUUUCAACUGCGGAGGCAACUGUCGUUUUUGAUCUUGCUUCACGAUGCUUACAAUAUGAACCUCGGGAUCGGCCAAAUACUAAGGACCUUGUUGCAACCCUCGAACCCUUACAAAAUAAACCUGAUGUUCCAUCUUAUGUGAUGCUAGGAAUUCCAAAGCAUGAGGAAGCGCCUCUAACGCCACAACAUCCUCUCACUCCAAUGGGCGAUGCUUGUACGAGGAUGGAUCUCACUGCUAUCCAUCAGAUUUUGGUAAUGACACACUACAAAGACGACGAAGGAACAAACGAGUUGUCUUUCCAAGAAUGGACUCAACAAAUGAGAGACAUGUUGGAGGCAAGGAAGCGUGGGGACUUGGCAUUUCGUGACAAGGAUUUUAAAACAGCAAUUGACUGUUAUUCUCAGUUCAUUGAUGUUGGCACCAUGGUUUCUCCCACUGUUUAUGCACGACGGAGCCUAUGUUAUCUUCUUUGUGACCAACCCGACGCUGCUCUUCGAGACGCGAUGCAAGCCCAAUGUGUUUACCCCGAUUGGUCGACUUCAUUUUACAUGCAGGCCGUUGCGCUUGCCAAGCUAGAUAUGCACAAGGACGCAGCCGACAUGUUGAACGAGGCUGCUGCAUUAGAAGAGAAACGACAAAAAGGCGGCCGAGGAUCUUGAGAAUCGACCCGCUGUAAGUGUCGUCGUCCUUCCUGUGUUGUGUUCCUGGUCUGUGGCUUGCUGCUGUUGAUAGUUUUUGAAACUGGAACAUAACAUGGAGUUGCACUUAAAAUGGAAAGUUACUAAAUACGAUCAUAAAAUCAAAUUUGUAAGAUAGAAAGGAACUGAUGUCUUCUCAAUAAUUGUGUUAUUUUUUUUUCUUUUUAAAUUGGGAAAUAAUUUCUUGGUUCUAUUUAUGUAUAAGCUUAAUACAACAUAUUUUAAUUCUUGGGUGUG